CAGGCACCGGGCCCCCAGGCGGAGCAGCAGGCACCGGGCCCCCAGGCGGAGCGGCGGGCGCCGGACCCCAGGCGGAGCGACGGGCGCCGGACCCCCAGGCGGAGCGACAGGUCUCGGGCCCCCAGGCGGAGCGGCGGGCGCCGGACCCCUAGGCGGACGGCAGGUCUCGGGCCCCCAGGCGGAGCGGCGGGCGCCGGACCCCCCCCAGGCAGAGCGACAGGUCUCGGGCCCCCUGGCGGAGCGGCGGGCGCCGGACCCCCAGGCGGAGCGACAGGUCUCGGGCCCCCAGGCGGAGCGGCAGGCGGAGCGACAGGCACCGAGUCACCAGGCACGACAGUUUGGCUCCGAGUCAACUGGCAUGACCGCCGGCACUGGGUCAGACAAUGGAUCGUCUGGCUGGACAGCGGGCAUCGGGUCACCAGGCAUCAGGUCAUUUGGCUCGAC